GGUGUGGGGGGGAGGGCACACACACACACACACACACAUAGUGUCUGCUGUGACUGUGUAUCAUGAUGAUGCUCAGACAGAAUUAAAAAAUGCGCUCCUCCGCCUUGUCACCAGCGUUGCGCGCAUUUUCUUCUUGACGAGCCCGCGUGCUCCCACAGCAUGGGCGCUCGGACUCAGAGAGAGGCUCCAGCAGCACUGUCUUCAUACACACAUACAUAAAACCAUUAAAAAAAACUCUUCUCGGACCGCCUAAUUAAGACGGUAGACCACGCACAGCGCCGCGCAACAGCAGCAACCUGUUCCCCACCUUCACAGAGAAGAUGCAGGAGGUGGGCAGUUCCCAGCGAGGCUCUCAGCGGGCCUUCAGCGUCCUGGAUCGUCUGCUGCUCACACAUCCCGUGUGGCUGCAGCUGUCGCUCAACCAAGACUCUGCCCUCUACAUCCUGCUCAGAGAGCCUGUUGGGACCUUUUUGGUGCGCAAAUGCAGCUCCAGCCAGAGGAAGGUGCUAUGUUUGAGAGUGACGGCGGACAGAAGUGCCUCCUCUGUUAAGGAGUGCUUCAUCUGUGAGGAGGACUCCACAUUCGCCUUGGAGAGUUCAGCACUCAGCUUCCCUGACUUGUGUCGACUGGUGGCCUUCUACUGUAUCAGCAGAGAUGUGUUGCCUCUCCCACUGGAGCUACCAGAGGCCAUUGCUAAAGCCACAACUCACAGGCAGCUGGAGGCCAUUUCACACAUGGGACAAGACUUCUGGAGCUCACCGAGUGCUUCAGACAUCCAAAACGGACCUGUGGACCCGGUUGCAUCAACCAGUGGCAGCCAGGCCCAGACAGCGGUCACCCAGGACCGAUGUGCCCUGUUGACCCGAGGCAGACAAGGCAAACUCUGUUUCAUCAACCCGCUCUUCCUGCAGCUGGAGGUUAGCAAGCAGCCACAACUCGCAAACCACAGUGCCUCCAAUAAACGGCACCGCUUCAAGCGCAGCAUGCGGCUCCGGCUCUCCGAGUCCUCCAUGAAUCUGUCCCUCGAGGGGGUCGGCUCCUACUCACCUCCCCUGUCGGUGGAGCAGCCCGGCGGGACAGAGAGGCUGCACAAGGCAGGCGCUAACCCGCAGAGGAGAGUUCAUGCUGGGGCAGGGGUCUUGAGGAGAACCCCUGCCGUAUCACCAGGCUCUGCAGAGGAAGAGGACAUGAUGUCUGUCUAUGUGCCUGAAGCAUCCGCCAAGGUGGAGGAGUCUCCAAAGCCCCAGCAGUCGGGCCGAGCAGAGGAGCCAAGCAUCGAGGUGGCGGCUCUGGCCCUGGAACGCCGCCCAGCUCCGUCCCUGGCCGAGCUGGACAGCAACAGCUCCUUCAGCAGCAUGGACGAGGACAAUGACUCUGAUUCAGAUCAAGAAAGCAUGGUCCAAACCCAAACGCACACCUACCAGCGCCCGCCGCUCGUUCGCUCCAGAGGCCGCGGGGGGCUGCACCGGAUGAGCGAGGCGUUUGUGUGUUUCUUUGCUCCGGACAAGAGGCUGACACGACUGGUGGAGGAGCUGUCCAGAGACAGGCGCUCCAUCUUCGGAGGCAUGGUUCAGGACUUCCUUCUGGAGCAGAGAGAGGUGCUCAAGUCCCUGCUCAAAUCGUCCUCUUCCUCAUCUCGGGUGACCUCCGUGCAGCUCCUGCAGGGUCUGCGGCUCUUCCUGUCCCAGGCAAAGUGCUGCCUGCUGGACAGCGGAGAACUGGAGCCUCCUAUUGAAACCCUGGUGCCAGAUAACGAGAAAGACCUGGCACUGGAGCGAGCCAUGUUCUCCUGCGUGCUCAGGCCUCUGAGGUCCCACCUUGAGAAAGCCCUGACGGCGCUUCACAAUCAGGACGGCUCCAGCCAGCGCCUCACCCAGAACCUGCUCCGUCUGAAAGGGGAUGCCGCCAUGGAGCGGCUGGGCGUGCGGACGGGCGUCCCCGACAGCCGCGAGGUGGAGCGGGUGAGGCAGAAGUUGAUCCUGAUGCAGAAGACGCACUCGCCCAUCGACAAAGUGCUGCUGCUGCUGCAAGUGUGCAAGUGCGUCCACAAGGCCAUGGGGUCCCUAUACGGAAAGGAAGUGAGCUGGGAUGACUUCCUGCCAUCGCUGUCGUAUGUGAUUGUGGAGUGUAACAGGCCUCACAUCCUGAUAGAGGUGGAGUACAUGAUGGAGCUGCUGGAGCCCUCCUGGCUUGGAGGAGAGGGCGGGUACUACCUGACCAGUGUGUAUGCCAGCCUGUGUCUGAUCCAGAGCCUGGACAGGGAGCAGCCGUUCUCAGGCUGCCUGACGCCGGAGGCCCAGGAGGCGCUGAAGGAGUGGGGCUGCAGACGGAGCCGGGAAGCCCAGAGACAAAAGGAGAGCCAGCAGAGCCAGAGGUGCGUUCGGAUACUGUUCCAGGACGGGGAGCGGAGCGCCGUGCGGACGUUGCAGUGGAGAGCCGGGGAGACCAGCCAGGCCCUGGCGCAGCUGUGCGCCGCCACCUUCGGAGUGUCCGACCCGCAGCAAUACACCCUGUACUGGCGCAGCGGCGGCGAGAUGAGGGCCCUGCCGCCUCAGGCUCAGCCCCAGGACCUGGCCAGCCACAGCGAGGGGGGGCCCUCGCUCUCCUACCUGAGGACCGACCACGACUUCAGCAAGAUGCGGCGGCUCACCAGAGGUGGCGCCGUGGACCUGAGCGAGUCGGUGUGUGAGGAGUGAGUGGGAGGGAUGGAGGAAGGAGGGAGGAGGAGGAGGAGGAGGAGGAGGAGGAGGAGAUGGAUGGUCGCUCUCGCUUUCUCUCUUUCUCUCUCUUGUUCUGUCUCUUUCUCUCCGGCGGUGUGUUGUGUCUCGUCGUGGGUCAGGACUUGUUGUGAAAAACUACAGCCCUUCUCCAGACUAGGAGCAGACCUUAAAUGGUAAACUCCUCCCUAAAUGGACCAACAUGCAGAGCAGAGCAGGACCAACAUAGGGACUGUUGCCAAAAGUUGUACUAUGUACCACUCAGUGUGGCUGCUAGUGUAAAGGAGUGUGCUAUUUGUGACAUGGAAAAAUGUGUAAUAAAUGGAUUUGGUUGUUAUUUGAAACAUGAACCCAGAGUAUAUACAAUGAAGGGAUUACAUCAUUAACACGUGAGGGGGCUCAAAUCCAAAGACAAAUUCUGUGAGACUACUGUUGCCUGGAAACAAAAAUCACUUCCUGUACGCACACGAGAAGGCAAAUUGUCCACCGUGGUGAUGUAACCCUUUCACGGUAUAGUUCUGGGCACAAUCUAAAAGACACUUGGAUGUUUUUAUUACUUCACUUUUAUGUGUAAAAGUCUGCAGAUCUUUGGAUGGAACCACUUUGUUAAAAAGGUUUUGGGGAUACAAACCUCUCUGUGUGCCCCCCCCGCCCCCUGCCUCCCCACCUCCCCACCCUUGGGAACAUAGUUUGACAAAAAGGUGAGAUGUGUUAUCGCCAAGACCAAACCUCAAUACCAAAGUGACAAAAAAGCAGAAAAAGAGAGGCCAUUUUGUGAUACAACAGGUGUUUGCUUUGAGAGAAAUCAGGUUCACAAGCUUGGAGGAAGCUUUAAAUCAGCCAUUUAUUUUUAGAAUCACCCACAGAGACGAUUUUAUUUUUACUUUUUUUUUUUUUUUUUUGGAGAAAAAGCGCAGACUCUCCUCCUUGCUCGCGUAUUCUAUUAAGUGUUUUUGGCAGGUGGAGUAAUGGGCGAGUAGGAGGGAAGUGAUAGAAAAGCAUCAGCUCUCUGUUUUUAAACCAUGUGAGAAAAAAACACACACACACACACACACACACAUCACAUUGACACACCGAGACAACCUGCAACAGAUUUUACUGACUGACUUGCGAAUGUAUUAAAAUCUUUUUGUUUUUUUUUCCGUGUCAGAGUUGAAUCCUCUCAGAACUGCAUUCAUUUCACGUUUCAGAUUCACUGCUUUUGAGUUCUACUGUUUCUCUUGGCCGUGCUGCGUUAACAACCCGGACUGAGAGGACAGUCUGACCAAUAAAACCAGGACCUCACGGUGACUGGUAGAAUGUAAAUGUCAAAAAGUCACCAGCUUCUGGUGGCUCCUGCUGCAAGUCAUCACUAUCAACUGACUGUUCAACUCAGUGUCAUUAUCAAUUAUCAUAUUGUGUAUUUAACAAAACUAACUUUUGAUUGUUCAAUUUGUUGGGUAGAUAUCAAACCUAAGUAUGGAUUUUCAACAUAUCUGGAGUUUUCAGUCAGCUGAGGAGGUUCAUUUUGAGAGCUAUGACGUGUUUUGAACAUUAUUGCAUGCUUUUUUCAUUUAACGUGAAGGUUCUGCGAAUGUGGUGUAUGUGUGCGUGAAGCAUGUGUUCAUUGUGAGAGCUCACUAUUUCUUUUCAGUGUAGAAACACAUUACUGUAUUUUGUCAGGUAACUCAGUAUCGCAAUAAAAAAGAAAUUGCAAUAUCUGUUCACAAUGUUGUUACAUCCAGUUUGUGCUGUGGUGGGACUGAGAGAUGUUGUCGUUUGAUGUCUUAAACAAACUCAACCACCAG